AAUCUUGCAGAAUCCUCUCGAAGUUUCUGCAUGUCUACAUAAUGAGUGGCUGUGAGGGAGGUCCUCAUAAACUGGGCAUCGUAAAUGUUAGUUCAGUUACUCUGUGUCAGACAGCUCCUGGGCGCACCAGCUCUUCGGCAGUCGCAAGUGCAAUUUACUUAAAUUAAGUUUAUAUAUAUAUAUCAUUGCUCAAAACUAACGUUUCACCUUAGGUCGAAUCAACGCGCGCACAAAAGUGCACGGUGCGGAGCGAACGUUGCCGUCGUCGAACUUGACAGCAAGUUAAUUUAGCUAACUAGCUAACACACUUUGUUUCUAUCUGUGGUGAUUGGCUCGCUGAAGUGAAGCCCGAUGGUGAAAAUGGGUAAAGACUACUAUACCGUUUUGGGAAUACAGAAAGGGGCGUCCGACGAUGAGAUCAAGAAGGCUUAUCGCAAGCAAGCGCUGCGCUAUCAUCCGGACAAAAACAAGUCGCCAGACGCUGAGGAGAAAUUCAAAGAAAUCGCUGAGGCAUACGAUGUACUUAGCGACCCAAAGAAGAAAGACAUCUACGACAAAUAUGGGGAAGACGGUCUGAAGGGUGGCGUCCCUGGUGGUGGAGGGAUGGGCGGCAUGGGCCCCAACUUCUCCUACACCUUCCAGGGUGACCCGCACGCCAUGUUUUCCGAGUUCUUCGGCGGCCGCAGCGCCUUCGACGUCCUCUUUGGCGGCGCCGGCCGCAACGGCGGCAUCGAGGACAUGGACACGGACGACCCGUUCGCCAACUUCGCCAACAUGGCCGGCGGCAUGCCCGGCAUGUCCUUCUCCGCGGGCAGAAUGGGUGGCGGCGGUGGCAUGGGCUCUCGCUCUGGCCAGCGUAAGAAGGACCCGCCGGUGGUCCACGAGCUGCGCGUGAGUCUGGACGAGGUGAUGACCGGCUGCACCAAGAAGAUGAAGAUCUCGCGCAAGCGGCUGAACCCCGACGGGCGCACAACGCGCUCCGAGGACAAGGUGCUGGUGGUGGACAUCAAGAAAGGCUGGAAGGAGGGCACCAAGAUCACCUUCCCCGGCGAGGGCGACGAGACGCCCAGCAACAUCCCCGCUGACGUCGUCUUCGUCGUCAAGGACAAGCCGCACGCCGUCUUCCGCCGCGACGGGUCCGACAUCGUCUACCCGGCCAAGAUCACACUCAGGGAGGCUCUCUGCGGUUGCACGGUAAACGCGCCGACGCUGGACGGACGCACGGUCACCGUGGCGAUGCAGGAUGCGGUGGUGCACCCCGGCAUGAAGCGGCGCAUGACGGGCGAGGGCCUCCCCCUGCCCAAGCACCCUGAGCGUCGCGGCGACCUCGUGGUCGAGUUCGAGGUCAAGUUCCCCGAGAGGCUGAGCCAGAGCGCCCGCGACACCAUCGCCCAGGUGCUGCCUGCGUCGUGAACCACCCCCCCCCCCCCUUCUUGACCCCCCCACUUCGCUUCAUUGCCCGC